UAUAAUCAUAAUUAUAUAACAUAAUAUUACGUACCUAUACGAUUUUUGGAAUUAAUUGUAAUGACUAAUGAGCUAGUGUCAUUUAAAUGAAUAUGUAUUGUUUGAUCAUUAGCAUAUAAGCUUUAAAUGCUGAAUGCUAAUAAUAAUAUUUUUGUUAGCCUAUAUGUAAAUGCUGUCUGUCGGUAUCCCACCUGCCCAGUCCGGCCCUGUGGUACAUAAAUAAUAAAUGUAUAAAGUGUCUUUCGUAUAUCUAUGAUGGAUUCACUGUGGUCUGCGACUGUUGUUGCGGUCGUUCGCUAAAAAUUGUUGGUCGUGUCCUGUUGAAGCAUAGAACAAAUUAAAGUUGUAGUAUUCUGAAUCUGAACGACAAACGAUAAACUUACCUACUGUUAAAAUGAAAAACAUCCGGAAUAAAUUUAAAGGCAUUAGUAAACAUUACACAACUUCAAGACUAUCUCCCAAAUUACCUCCGACUGACUUCAUACCAUUACCGUACAAAGGGGUUUCUUACGAAAAAGCACAGUCCAUGCAAUUGGAAAAUGUGUUUCCUCAAGUACAGAUGUACGAAGAACCUUUACUUUUACAUGAAGGUAAAAUGCAAUGGCUGUUCGAUCACAAGGGCAAGCGGUACUUAGACAUGUUUGGAGGGAUAGCUACCGUUAGCGUAGGCCACUGUCAUCCACGAAUUACUGAAGCAAUCGCUGAGCAGUCGGGUAUAUUAGGCCACGUGUCCGGAGCGUAUGAGCAUCCAAAAAUGUAUGAGUAUGUGGAAGCGCUUGUAUCAAAAAUGCCGGGAGACUUAAAGGUAAUCGAAGAAGAAGGUUUGCAGCAAAACUGUUUAGAUGUGGGCACAUAUUUUCUAGAAAAGUUGCGUGGCAUGAGACGCGAGUGGAAAAUAAUCGGUGACGUACGAGGCAAAGGACUGAUGAUCGGUGUGGAGUUAAUAGACGGGGAUCAAGACGAUAGUGACAAGGGAAUAAUUAAUCCAUUAAACUGUAGAGCUAUUUCCCGUAUUAAAAACGAUUGCUUGAAAAUGGGACUUUUGUUUGGAAUCGGAGGAGUUCGAUCGAAUGUAUAACCAGACUCCCACAUCAUAUUUUCGUCCCUGCUAAAUCCGGAUAUAUUGAAAAAAUUAUUUUUAUGAAUGCCAAACUCCUCGAAAGUCCGGGCCA